GAAGGACGGCGCGGCGAUCGCACGUCUACGCGCACGCAGUCCCAGUUGCAGUUGCAUUCGCCCCCUCUUUUAAGGCUCAUAUCGCCGUAUUUAGGCUGCUCGCUAGGCAGCACCAGUCUCAGGAAAGCACUAGACCUUCCAAUCCAACUUUCAUUUCAUCUGUGUAAACAACUGACGAUACUUUCGGAGUUGUGUGGCCGCCGUUUUUGUGAAAAAAAUUCAGAUACUUAAGGAGGAAAUUUUUCUCAAAUUCUAAGGAUGCAUUCAAUGAGGUCACUUAGGCGUGUCCUGUCCGGGCUCCCUUACAAGAAGUUGCUCGAGGGUGAGGCGAUCUGCAAGAACCUCGUCGUCUCUCCGAGGACAUACUCGUCUCAGUACGUCGACUCACCGUUCGGAGAUCUCGUUGUACCUGAGAUCACAAUACAAGAAAGGAUUUUCAAGGAUUUGGAUAAAUGGCCCGAACACACGGCACUGGUGUGCGGAUUAACUGGGCGUUCUUACACUUAUGCACAACUGCGGGUAUUAAGCAGAAAAGUCGCAGCUGGUUUUAUAAAAUCUGGUCUUAAGCAAGGACAAGUUGUGGCUCUCGUGCUUCCAAACUUGCCGGAAUUCAUGAUUGCCAUGCUAGGAGCAUUCCAAGCCGGCCUUGUCGUUUCAACAAUCAAUCCUUUGUACGCGCCAGAGGAAAUAAAUCACCAGCUGUCCAAUUCGGAAGCGUCACUCGUGAUCACGUUCCCGAUGAAAGUCGGAGACGUCAAGGAAGCAAUAGAGAAGAGCAAAUCACCCAACAAACCGCCCAUUGUCGUGAUUCACAACCUCUCAGAAUCGUUGCCGGAUGGUGUUAAAUCUUUUAUGGAACUUUUGAUGGUGCAGGACGCAGACGAAUCCGCAGUCGACAAAAUAAACGUCAACCAUACAGACUUAGCUCUUCUGUUAUACUCCAGCGGAACGACCGGUCUGCCGAAAGGGGUCAGGCUUACCCAUAGGAACAUCGUAUCCAAUUUGACACAGGUCGACCAUCCGGCCAUAAGAUUGGCUUAUGAGACCACCAAAAAUUAUCAAGAUGCAACAGCAUGUGUUUUGCCGUUCUUCCACGUCUAUGGGCUGAGCAUCGGUGCCCUGACAUACCUUGGAAAUGGAACAAAAUUAGUAACUCUUCCGAGGUUUGAGCCUGAACCAUAUCUCAAAAUCCUCAAACAACACAAAAUAUCGAUCGCCCACGUUGUUCCUCCUCUUGUACAGUUUAUGGCCAACCACCCUUCAGUUACAGAAUCUUAUUUGGAAUCGUUGAGGUGUUGCAUUAAUGGAGCAGCUGCGAUUUCUUUGUCUGAUGCCAAAAAACUUCUAGCAAAAAAGCACAUGAUUGUGAUGUCAGGAUAUGGGCUGACUGAGUCAUCACCGGUUAUAACAUCAUCAAGAAACACGACAGUGAACCUUCAAACUGUGGGCCAUGUAAUGCCAGGGGCACAAGUAAAAAUCGUCAACACAGAAACCAAAGAGACCAUAGAUCCUGGACAACCCGGUGAAAUUUGCUGUCGAGGUCCUCAGAUAAUGGAAGGUUAUCAUAAAAAUGAAGAAGCAACAUCUUCGACUUUAGUUGAUGGUUGGCUACACACAGGCGAUGUCGGUUAUUUCGAUGAUAUUGGUCAAUUGUUCAUUGUCGAUAGAAUCAAAGAGCUUAUCAAAGUCAAAGGCUUCCAGGUGGCUCCUCUUGAGCUAGAAGAAGUUAUGAAACAACACCCAAGUGUAGCUGAUGUUGGUGUGGUAGGAAAGCCUGAUUCAAGGGUUGGAGAAGUACCGAUUGCUUUUGUUGUCAAGAAACCUGGUGCGUCUUGUAACGAAAAGGAGUUACAACAAUUUGUUGCCAGUAAGGUUGCUGAGUACAAGCAAAUCGGUGGUGUUAUUUUCUGCAACGAAAUUCCUAAAAACAUGACUGGAAAGAUUUUGAGAAGAGAAUUGAAAGAAUCUUUAUGCAAAUGAUUUACAAAUGAACUUAGCUCAAUUAGUUUUUUUAAAAUGUAAAAUAUGUAAAAAUAUCUGUUAAAUAUUUAUAA